AUGCUCUUACGGGGGGGUCUGGCAAAUGCUCAGAUCUUCUCUUCCCUCGCCCUCCUGGGUCUUGCUUCUCAUAUGUUCUUUGUUCGUCAUCGAAAUGUCGAUCGAUUGAUAGGGAAAGGCUUCAUGCCGUAUCUAUACGUCCAAUUUGGACUCUGGAUAUUGUUGUCCAUUCGCAGUGAUCCUUUCCAGUCGGGGAUCUUUCUUUUGCUCGCCAACGCAGCUUUCUACAUACCACUCUUUGCAAGCAUCUCUAUCUAUCGACUGUUCUUCCAUCCGUUAAAGUCAUUCCCUGGUCCUGGCCUGGCGCGAUUAACAACAUGGUGGGGAGUUGUUAAGCUUGCGAUGGGAGAGCAGAGGUACCAACUCCACCAUGAACUACACCAACAAUAUGGAAAAAUAGUACGGAUAGCACCAAACUACUUGUCUAUCAAUAGUCAAGAAGCUGUUGCGAUGAUUUAUGGUCCUGGCACUAAGUGCGAGAAGUCGAAUACCUUCUACGGCUUGCGGGACUCAAAAAGUCUACAGCUUGAGACAGAAUUGACAAAACACAGAGCUCGCAGACCGGCUUGGGACAAGGCCUUGAGCGCAAAAAGAUGCGUGAAAUACCUUCCUAAGCUAUAUCGUGUGACCGAUUUAAUGAUUGACUGUAUCGCCAAAGCAGGCAGCAAAGAUGACAGAGGUGUCCUAGUUAAUCACUGGCUGAAGUGCUUCGUCUUCGAUAUGGUGGGGGAGUUAGGAUACAGCAAAUCAUAUGGAUGUCUGGAUUCUGGCAAAAUUCACCAAGGACUUUUAGAGGUAGAGAAAUUCCUGGCAACAGGAGUCUUGUUGUCGCCUCUUCCAUGGCUUGUGAGAAUCAUAACCAGUCUUCCUGGCUUGCCAGCGCCGAUGCAGGGUCUUACAGACUUUGCAUCACUUAGCCUGGCUGAGCGCAAGGCUUCCAAGGUAGAGUCGCCAGACGUUCUGUCUUACGUUUUCGGAGGCAAAAAGGCCUUGACCCCCGAGGAAGAAAUCGAGGAUACCAUGAUGCUGCAGAUUGCCGCUGGUGACACGACUCUCUCUGCAUUGACCUUCUGCAUGUAUCAUCUUGCGAUCAACCCUGAAAUCCAAUCCGCCCUGCGAAGGGAAAUUGAAACCCAUGCGGAUGUUGCGGAUUUGGCCUUUGAAGCGAUUCAAGAUCUUCCGCUGUUAGAAAGCGUCAUUAAUGAGACACUGCGAGUUCAUCCAGCCGUGCCAAGUGGCUUGCCACGCUUAACCCCUCCAGAGGGCGUUUACAUUGAUGGUACAUAUAUUCCUGGUAAUACCACCGUCAGCUGCCCGACCUGGACUAUCCAACAUAGUCACGAAAACUUUACCGACCCGAAUACCUGGAAUCCCUUCCGCUGGAUCGACGUUUUAGAAACCCAUAACACGAAAGCUUUCAUUCCAUUCAGUGUGGGCCCAUUCAACUGCGUAGGUAAGGCCUUUGCUUACAUGGAGAUGAAGCAAGUCCUUGCAAGAAUAGUGACUACCUUUGAAUUUCAGCUGGGACCAGAAGAGGAUGGAACCAAGUUAAUCAACGAAAGCCGAGACCAUACGGCUAUGAGCUGUGCUCCUUUGUAUUUGAAGAUGAAAGCGAUAGUCGGGAAAGAUUAG